AAUUCCUGCGUUCCACAGGAAGUUUAGCAUAAAAAGCAACUGAAAAACGCCCAAAGGCAUUUCAUUGCUCGCCAGUCGGUUUUCGUGGAGCACAGAGAUUUAACCGUAGAGAUUUUAUUUCAAUAAAAAGCGUGGGAUGACUUUAAAAGUAAUAGUUAGCAUGGAAGGGUCCUCUAGACAGUUAAUGAAGAGGUCGCGGCUUGAUCCCAUGGCCUCCAUUCAGCACGCGCUCGGAGACGCACUGCAUGACAUCAAAUUUAAGGGGUAGCUGGAGUCAUCCUGGUGCAGGUCUGUACAAACACCCGCUACCCAGUGUGAAGAAGGACUCACAGCCACAGCCUUCAUCCCCUCGUCCUCGUCCUCCCUUCCUCCCUCACCAGACCAAGAAAGAGAGCAGUUGAGAGAGAGAGAGAGAGAGAGAGAGAGAGGGAACGUGGGAAAGAAGGAGACAUGUACCAAACGCUCCUCCUCUCCUCCUCUCUCUUCAUCCUUCAUGUGGCAGGCACUCCCCAGUUCCUCGGUCACCACGGGAGGAGGGUGUGCGGCAGAGAUGUCCGUCACAGCAGCGUCGUCACGGCGACGGAAUCCUACAUCCAGCCCGUCCACAAGCCUUACAUCACCCUGUGUCAGGGUCACAGACUGUGCAGUACCUACAACCUGUGGACCAGACGUGGGGCUGUCUCCUGUCGUACCAACCUGCCCACCAGCCUGUGGACCAGACGUGGGGCUGUCUCCUGUCGUACCAACCUGCCCACCAGCCUGUGGACCAGAGGUGGGGCUGUCUCCUGUCGUACCAACCUGCCCACCAGCCUGUGGACCAGACUUUGGGCUGUCUCCUGUCGUACCAACCUGCCCACCAGCCUGUGGACCAGACGUGGGGCUGUCUCCUGUCGUACCAACCUGCCCACCAGCCUGUGGACCAGACGUGGGGCUGUCUCCUGUCGUACCAACCUGCCCACCAGCCUGUGGACCAGACGUGGGGCUGUCUCCUGUCGUACCAACCUGCCCACCAGCCUGUGGACCAGACGUGGGGCUGUCUCCUGUCGUACCAACCUGCCCACCAGCCUGUGGACCAGACGUGGGGCUGUCUCCUGUUGUACCAACCUGCCCGCCAGCCUGUGGACCAGACGUGGGGCUGUCUCCUGUCGGACCAACCUGCCCACCAGCCUGUGGACCAGACGUGGGGCUGUCUCCUGUCGUACCAACCUGGUUCAUUUAGAGAGAUCAGUUACCUCCUAAAUACCUUUCAAGUUUUCAAAAGAAGUUGAGGUGCAUUUGCUAUGCCUCUCAGUUGGCUGUUACAGGACUGAUCCCUCGAUUUCAUUGCAGUGGGUAAAGCGAAUCAAGUGUACCCCAAAGUACUGGCAGAAUAGCAGACCCAAGUUUGCAAGGCCAUAGGCCAAAGCGCAGUCUGCGAGACAGACACGAGACUGGUGUUAUGAUGGACCAAUCACAAGAAGUUUGUUUGUGAGAUAGACUAGACUACACUCUCACACAAAUACACACGCAUAAUUGGGUCGUGGCGGUACAGUUUUGGGUGGAAUCUAAAUAUCGGUACUUUGUGUAACUACGGGAAAUGAACUUCCAGCCCGCAGAGACCGCAACCCUGUUUGUCUUGGACAAGCUCUGCCUCCAUGCUGAGGCCUUCUCUCUCUCCCUCCUUCUGUGUCUCUCUUUCUGUUACUCUCUCAUAAUCUCUCGUUUUUCCACUCUGUAUCUCGCUUGCUUUUUUUUCGGUCUGUUCCUCCUUUUUCUUCCUUCCUCCCUCUCUCUUUUUUCACUCUGUUUCUCUCGGACUCUCCUCUGCCUCUUUUCCUUCCAGAUUUUCCCUCUUUCCCUCCCUUUCUCUUGCUGUGCUAUGCAAUCAGGCACCACGGCCAGUCGUGCAUUAUAAUCAUAGGAUUUCCUGUGUGGCACUGUUUGUAUUGAUUCAGUUAUUUCUCUCAUCCGUUCGUCUGUUCAUCGUUGUUUUUCUCCUCGUGCCUCACAAUGCCCCACAUUAUCCCGACUGUCUCUUCUUUCCUUACUUUCUCUCUUUCCCUGUCUUGCUCCGUUUCUAGUUCUCUGUCUCUUCCUUUCUGCCUGUUUCCUGAGGACUACCAGGUAACGUCAGACUCAAGAUCUGGCAUGGUCGCAUCAUCCCCUCGUCGCUUCGUCCAUCCCUCCUCUCUUCCCUUCCUCUGCGCCGUCACCCACGCUUGGCUCUCAGUGGGCCAUGGCUCAGUGAGACAUUGCAUUCUCUCAUCAGCAUGUUUGUCUGCUUGCGUGGACAAAACCUCAACUGCUCAACACACACACACACACACACACACACACUGUGACACUGGCAUCAACUACCAACGUUAACAAUCCUUUUUUGUGUU